GAUGAAGUGGCCAAUUCAUUGGAAGUUAUACCGGUUUGUCUGUGGAAGCCACUUGGCCGUCAUGUGUCCAAAAGUUUCUUGGAUAAGUAAGCUGACCGACGCGUUAUACUUUAUGUUGCCCUUUAAUUUGUGCUGGUCGGAAAACUUAAAGAAUUUAAAACUUCCGUCUUCAGCCAAACACGCGAACGACAAACUGCUUGGUAUAAAGAAAAAGAGAAGGCUGUCUAUUUAUUCGAAAACUUUCCAAUUUAACUCUGGAGUACUUCUCUGUCUUGGUUUUGUUGCAUUGUUGUUGUUAUGGUUUUUUGGUUCUCUUCAAAGCUACCCUAUCCUCUGGUUCCAAUUUCGGUUCAGAGGAUAUGAAAAGGUAGAUCCUUUUAUUUUUCAGAAUUGUUCCAAGGUGGACUUUGGGAGGCGUUUUGCUGUAGUGAUACCUUUUAUUCCGAAGCAAACGAAUAGAGUUUUGAGUAACUUGAAACGUUGGGCGAGUUUGGAAUAUUUCCCUUGCGAUACACUCGUGGACUCCUUGGUAAUAGAGUCCACUGAUUUGUUUUUUUACUAUGAUAUGCCUUUGGAUCAUCCCUCUGUACAAGAGUCUAUUCACACAUUGACUAGAUGGUUAAGAAAAGAGCCUUUACAAAGUGUGGUAUCUAGCUGUUUUCAUAACGUUCGUUUUAUAUCUGCAAAUCUCUCGGCGGAACAGUCGACGAACAGUUAUAAAAUGGACUUUGUAAAAAGUUCUGUGAAAACAGAAGGCACAGUUCGUCAAUUUCGUGCAGUAGUUAAUCAUCCUUCCUUGAUAAACACGCAUCGUCAUUUCUUUUACAUGGAACCAGAUCAUAUCCCAAUACGAAACCGCUGGUUAAGUGCAAUAUUUAAUGAUUCUCUUCAAGGAGAUUUCUGGAUGAAAGGGAGUUUGAUGAGAUAUAAACCUAGAUUCAGUUGUGCCUUUGAGCCAUAUCGUACUCAAUAUCUUCGUCAUAUAAAUGGCAACGCAAUCUACAAGGUUGGUGACCCUUGUUUUAUGCGUUUUUUAGAAAACGUUUACAGGGAAUACCCUGACUUUGCGUUUGACACAAGUAUAAAUUUCUAUAGACUCGACUUACGACAUUAUAUUACAUAUCAAUACACUGCUCAUCGAUUCCAGGUUACAGAAGUAAUGGCAGAUCUAGGGGUUGUUAGAUAUGAUGAAGAUAGGCUUCGAUCAGAUUUACCAAAUACGUAUACGGCCCAUGGUAAAUUUAUGUACACUGAAAAACAGUUGGGUUGGCAAAAAUACUAAUUUAGUUGUAUUUUCUUGUCAUUACUUUUGUCAAUAAAGCAAACUUUUUCGAU